AAGCCAGAUUUAGCGGUAAAAAAUCGAAUCCGGCAACAGUGAUGCGGAUACACAAAGUAUAGAAAAAACCAAAUAAAUAGCGAAAAAUUCAAUGCAAAGUUCUUUUUCCGGAAUAAGCAUUUGCAAUUUAUUUCGCACGAGCGUAAUUUUGAAUGCCGGUUGCAUCACGUGGGACUUUGGUGUUAGGACAGUGAGAAAGUUCUAGAUAGACACAAGCCGACCCCUUCCCAAGGGGAAAAGGAAAAAAAAUCAGCAUCCCACACACAGCGCAAUUUGAAAGUGAAGAAAAUGGCCACCAGCGAGAUCACGAGCUCCAACGAGCGCCACUACUACGCCAAACUAGAAGCUAUCAAGGACAUACGCGAUAAGACGUUGGCCCUGGAGAAGCUGAAAGUGCGGAUUAUCAAAGAGGUGAAGCUCAGCGACGACGAGGAGAAAUGUUUGGAGGAGUACCGCAAGGAGAUGGAGCACCUGCUGGAGGAGAAGAUGUCGCACGUGGAGGAACUGCGCCAGAUUCACGCGGACAUCAAUGAUAUGGAGAACAUAAUCAAGCAGACGAAGGAGAACCAGACGCGUUCCUUCGACAUGGCCAACAGGGUCUACGAGGAGUACCUGGCUUUGAAGUACCAGAUUGACCACAUGCGUAGGGACUACCUGGGGCUGAGCCCCCUGCGCGACUUGCACGAGGAGGAGGGCAGCCCCAUAUCGAAGGAUCGCUUUCAGACCAACUUUCUCAAAGUGGCCGCCCAAUCCGCAGCGGCUGCAGCAGCGGCUGCGGCGGCGGCAGCGUCCGUGAACCAACCCACAUCGCUGGCCAGGCCCCAUGCCAGGCACCCCUUGAUGCCAGAGGCCACGGUCACGGCCUUGCCAUCCUCCGUUGGUUCGGGAGGAGCGGGUGGCGGUAGCGCUGGCAGCGGAGCUGGCUCAGUUGGCGGCGGCGGUGGAGGAGGAGCUGGUCAGCCGGGGCAUGCUUUUAUGCCACCAGCGCCGCCGGGAGCGGGCAGUACUGGUGCUUCCGCAGUGCGCUUGGGAAAGGGUGACUUUUCAGCUCCACCACCCCCGCCGCCGCCGACUAACAGACUCCAACAAUCGCCGUCGAUCGGCAUCGGCCACCAUCCGUCGUUCCGCUCUGACUUCAACGUGAAUCUCCGCCAGCAGCCACCACCUAUGAAGUCCUGUCUGUCUUGUCAUCAGCAGAUCCACCGCAACGCGCCCAUCUGUCCGCUCUGCAAGGCCAAGUCACGCUCCCGCAACCCGAAGAAGCCCAAGAAAAAGAACAACUAAGCGGCUCAGCAGCAAAACCAGAAAGUACACUCAUCGUUGGUCCAGAGCCUGUCCCGGAACUACAUAUAACUCUUUAAAAGUAUAGCUUUUUUUUGUUUGCCUCGUCUAUAUAUCAAUCCAAAAGUACUAACACAAAACUAGGCGGUGUGAUUAUGGGAAUCUCUAGAUAUAUAAUUUAUGUUAAGGUGUCCAAGUCUUAAGUCUGGAAUAUUUACCAAAAUUGCAUUGAAUCCAGUAUUACAAAUUAAUAUUUAACGUAUUUUUGUACAUUUGUACAUACGGUUCAGGGGUGUUGUAACCAAGAAUGUAUAUGUAUUCUUCCUAAACAUCAUUAGAUUUAGACUAUGCAAGCUAGAAACACUCUUCGAGACCCAUUCUCGUGGCUGGAGCUCCUAGCAAGUCUCCUUUUUACCAUACAUACAUACUCUUAAGCCGCUCCAUUGAAUUUCGAACGACUUACAUGCAUAUGUUCAUAUUCAUUUGUAUGUAUGCAGGUCUAACGAAAAGGCUUGUGAAAUUUAUUGCAGCAUUGCGGACUUUAGUUUACCAAUAUCUUCACUGGGAAAUUAAUAAAAAACAAUUCAUUUACUUACUUCAUCUUAAAUAUUUUAGGGCUUACCUUAAAUGCUAAUUUAAAACAUCAGUUAACAUAUUUCAUAGACAGACGCCUUAAUGUAGGUUUCCUAACCCCCAGAGUAAAUAAAAACCUUUUAAUGACACUUUAUUUACAAUUAGGUUUUAGGUUAUCUACGAUUUGUAUUUUAAUUUACUUUUAGUUUUUUUUUUUACUGUAAAUGUUCAACAAACAAAAGAUAAACAAACACACUCAAAAUAAGAACGAUUUGUACAUGAUUAAGCCGUUCGCAGUGUGCAAGUUGCCAUAUUAAGCCAACAACAAAAACUAUGAAUAAUAAAAGAAAAGUAUUUCAUUUUUUAUUAA